AUGACUUCAUCUACCCUUCAUCGCUGCGUCUACUUAUGCCUCGUGGCCUCAUCUGUGUUCAUCGGGCAGGUUGGUGGAGCAAGUGAUUCUGCCGACAUUCUCAUGGGAAGGAUACACUGGCUCGAGGAAUUGGGAGGGAAUGCCAUCCUCCCUCGUCAGACUGGAAAUCCACUGCCCAAUGUCCCCCCUCAGUGCACGGCGACCUGCAAUCCCGUCAACACCGUACUAGCAGCCGGGUGUCCUAUUUCGCAAUGCUGCCAAGCUAGCUUCGCAACGGGGUAUUACAACUGCUUCCUAUGUGUCGAAGGAGCGCUCGGCAUCAACGAUUUUACAGUCGCUCAGGGAAUCGUUGACAAUCUCGUGACCACCUGCGCGAGUCGUGGAUUCGCCAUUCCGAAGCUCACAUUCCCUGGACAAAACCCAGAUAGACCUCUCUCCACAGCGAUCGCGACCACUGCUUCAAUCCGAUCGACGACGUCCCAGGUCGGUGUCACCACAGCGGUGUCUACAACUUCGACGCAAAUCACCCAGUCAACUGUCACCCAGUCCUCCAUUAGUCCCACCACACCCGCACCGGUGGCUACGACCACCACGUCUGCCGGAAGAAGGAACUCAGUUGGGUGUCUCUUGUUCAUUUUUGGUGUUCUUACGGCCAUGGUCGCUUGGCCGGAAUGA